AAUUUACAGAUGUUUAAAUGCUGAAGUGGAGCAGGAGACUGUGCCUCCAGGGAGCAGCCCAAUUCAGAAGACAGCAGAAUCAGGGAAACACCGAAGAUGAUGGAUGGAUGCAGAGUGACAGGACGGCCGGAUUACUCACAUGGAGACAGGACCUCCAGAUGAACGUCUUCCCGGGAAUCUUUGCUUAUCUGAACUACAGAGUACCUCGGACCCGGAAGGAGAUAUUUGAGACUCUGAUAAAAGGGCUACAGAGAUUAGAAUACAGAGGCUAUGACUCUGCUGGUGUUGCCAUUGAUGGAACUAAUAACGAAGAUAAAGAAAGGUACAUCAGACUAAUCAAGAAAAGCGGAAAAGUGAAGGCACUAGAUGAGGAAUUAUACAAACAAGAUGGCAUGGACUUAAAGGCAGAUUUUGAAACACAUUUUGGAAUUGCUCACACUCGCUGGGCAACGCAUGGAGUGCCCAAUGCAGUGAAUAGUCACCCUCAGAGAUCAGAUAAAAGGAAUGAGUUUGUAGUUAUCCAUAAUGGAAUCAUCACAAACUAUAAGGACCUGAGGAAAUUUUUGGAGACCAAAGGCUAUGAGUUUGAAUCUGAAACUGACACGGAAACCAUCCCAAAGCUGGUCAAAUACAUGUAUGAUAACAGAGAAACUGAAAUCAGCUUUUCAGCCUUGGUAGAGAGAGUUAUUCAACAACUGGUAAGAAUCAUGACAUUCAAAAACCAGCGAGGGAGUCCUCUACUCAUUGGAGUUCGCAGCAAAUACAAGCUUUCCACUGAACAGAUUCCUAUCUUGUAUAGGACAUGCAACAUUGAGAAUGUGAAGAACAUAUGCAAGGCACGAAUGAAAAGACUGGAUAGUUCUACCUGCCUUCAUGCUAUUGGAGAUAAAGCAGUAGAAUUUUUCUUUGCUUCUGAUGCAAGUGCUAUCAUUGAACACACCAACAGAGUAAUUUUCCUAGAAGAUGAUGACAUUGCAGCAGUGGCUGAUGGGAAACUUUCUAUUCAUCGGCUAAAACGUUCAGCUAGUGAUGACCCCUCUCGAGCCAUCCAGACCUUGCAGAUGGAAUUGCAGCAAAUCAUGAAAGGUAACUUCAGUGCAUUCAUGCAGAAGGAAAUCUUUGAACAACCGGAAUCUGUUGUCAAUACCAUGAGAGGCAGGGUGAAUUUUGAGACCAAAACAGUUCUGUUGGGUGGUCUGAAAGAUCACUUGAAAGAAAUCAGAAGAUGCCGACGACUGAUCAUUAUUGGCUGUGGGACCAGCUAUCAUGCUGCAAUAGCUGUACGUUCAACCGACUCUAAAAAUAAAAUCAAGGAGAUCACGUACAUGCACUCUGAAGGUAUCCUGGCUGGUGAAUUAAAGCAUGGACCACUGGCUCUUAUAGAUAAACAUAUGCCUGUUAUCAUGGUAAUUAUGAAGGAUUCCUGCUUCACCAAGUGCCAGAAUGCACUGCAACAGGUCAUUGCUCGACAGGGUCGCCCAAUUAUUCUGUCUUCUAGAGAAGAUACUGAAAGUUCAAAAUUUGCAUGCAAAACUAUUGAGUUGCCACACACAGUUGACUGUCUCCAAGGAGUCUUGAGUGUUGUUCCCCUACAGCUGCUUUCAUUCCACCUAGCUGUUCUUAGAGGAUAUGAUGUGGACUUUCCAAGAAAUCUGGCCAAAUCUGUGACUGUGGAAUAAACAACCCACAACAGUGUGUGAUAUUUUUUUCAACGAAGUUUUAAAUUUUACUCCUGUUCUUUAAUUAAUAGUUAUAUGACAUUAAGUAGAAUGAUACCAUAACUGGAAAGUUUUAGGGACCAUUUUAAACUUGUUUUAAAUGCUGUUUUAAAAGCUUCAUGUGCCUUGUGCCCAAGUGCUUUUGCUUACGGCAAGUGGUGUUCCUCUAAAUCCUAAAAAUUGCCAAAGAAGAGAGAGAUCAUUGUUUACACAGGUAUAAUGAAUGAACUUUUUUACUAUUGUGCAAUAUAUAUAUAUAUAUAUAUAUAAUAUAUACAGCUCUGGUCAGAGUAACUGUGAACAUUUUUGGCCAACACUACUUAACUAGUUUUAAAGACAAAGUAUUUAUAAGUACAAUUGUAUAGUUUUUUUUAAAUUAUUUUUUUUAGUAUGUUGCUUAUCUAUAGCAUUGGUAAUGCCCAGAAUGUAAAUUCUGAGCAUGUAACUUUUUAUUAAUUUGUGUACAGAGUCUUUUUUUAAAUUUUAUCUUUGAACUGGAAAUCUGUGGCCUUUGAGGGUUUCCCUUCUUCAACCUUUUUUCUCCUAGCUUUUCUAGACUCUUUCCACUGCACCUAAUAUUUCUAUGUUAAUCAUCUUUUUCCCCACCACUCUUCUGUGGCUGAAAAUUCCCAAGGACACCUUCAGAUUUAUUUAACUAAAAGUUUAUCUAAAUCAGAUCAACAGUUUGAUUCACGUACAGUCCCAUCUUCAUAUCCAUGGAAUGUACUGUGCAACAAAAUAAGGAAACUGGAUAUUUUCAAGUGGGUUACAAUGCUUCUGUUAAAAGAUUGUACAAUCAAAUUCCUAUGCAAUUAAAAUAAAGAAUGUAAACUCUU